AUGCCUCACAAACUCGAGUCCCUAGUCAACGACCGAUGGCACGUCUUCGUUUGUGCCAUGUGGAUCCAAUCCGUCGCCGGCGUCGGUUAUCUAUUCGGCGGCUCUAUGUCGCCGGCGAUCAAGACUGCCCUAGGUUACAACCAGAAACAAAUCGCUCUUCUCGGCGUUGCUAAGAACCUCGGUGACGCCAUCGGAUUCAUCUCCGGUGCCUUAUCGGAGGUCUCGCCCUCCUGGGUGGUUCUACUCGUCGGCGCCACUCAGAAUCUCGUCGGCUACGGUGUUGUCUGGCUCGUCGUCACCGGUCUUUUGCCUGAUUUACCCCUCUGGAUGUUGUUUGUAGCUAUAUUCGUGGGAACAAACGGCGAGACCUACUACAACACAGCGUCUCUAGUGUCAUGCAUUCACAACUUCCCAGAAAGCCGUGGCCCUGUUGUGGGAAUCCUGAAAGGGUUCUCCGGCUUGAGUGGAGCAAUCUUGACUCAGAUUUAUUUGAUGUUCAAUCCCUCUCAUGACUCUUCCGUCAUUCUCAUGGUUGCUGUUGGACCCCCACUCGUUGUUCUUGCUCUACUAUUCAUUGUUAGACCGGUGGAAACGGAAAGAAGUUGCAGAACGAACCAGCGAUCAGAUGAUUUACGGUUCUUGGCUAUUUACGGUUUCUGUCUUGUCCUUGCAGUAUAUUUGCUAGGUGUACUAGUGCUUCAGAGUCUCCUUGACAUUACUCAAACGAUCAUCACAGCCUCUGGAGCAAUCCUUGUGGUUUUCAUGGUGAUUCCGGUUCUUGUCCCGUUUGCAUCGGUCUUCAUCUCCGGAAAUAAUAAUGAUUCCAACUUAAUGAUGAAGACCGAUGAAGGAACCUCGAACGUGGAUAAGAAUGAGGUUAAGACUUUGAUUGAGAGGAGUGACAUAAAGAGAAGAGCACCGUGCAUAGGAGAAGAUUUCACCUUGUUACAGGCUUUGAGAGAAGCCGACUUCUGGCUUAUAUUCAUGUCUCUGGUUCUUGGUGUUGGUUCGGGGAUAACGGUGAUAGACAAUCUCGGUCAGAUUUGUUACUCCCUCGGUUACAACAACACCAAAGUGUUUGUCUCACUGAUCAGUAUCUCCAAUUUUCUCGGCCGUGUUGCUGGUGGCUACUUCUCAGAGCUAAUCAUAAGAAAACUCUCGUUUCCAAGAACAUUGGCAAUGUCUGCGGUUCAGGGCAUUAUGUCUUUAGGACUAAUCUACUAUGCCAUAGACUGGCCCCUGAAGAUCUAUGUAGUGACCAUUGUGAUUGGAAUGGGUUAUGGAGCUCACUGGGCGAUUGCUCCUGCUUCAGUCUCUGACAUUUUUGGCCUCAAGAGCUUUGGUUCUCUCUACAACUUUCAGAUUAUAGCUUUGCCUUUUGGGUCGUUUGUGUUCUCCGGUGUCAUCGCGAGUAACAUCUACGACUACUACGCCAGGAAGCAAGCCGGAACCACCGCGGAGAGUGAGUCGCUCGUCUGCACUGGCUCGGUGUGUUAUUCAGUCACGUGCGGUCUCAUGUCCGUGGUGUGUCUUAUGGCUAUGGUGUUGAGUCUGAGUGUGGUUUAUAGGACGAGGAAGUUUUACUUGAGACUUCACCGAGUCUCCAAGACUUGA